AUGGCGAGGGCACAGAGAAUGAAAAGCAGCAAUAACGCAGAGGUAAAGGUGAUGGACCUAUUAGAAUUGCCCUUGGAUAUCCUCAUUAACAUCCUCUCGAGAUUGCCAGCCGAAUCACUUCUCUGUAUCCGAUGCGUGUCUAAGGCCUUGUUAAACAUGGUUGAUGACCCCUCUUUUGCUAGAGUACUACACGCGCAUCUACAAGUGCCUCAACUCAUGCUUUUUAGUGGUCGAAAAUAUCAUCCUAAGCCUGGGGGUAUUGAAGUUUUAGCAUCCCUGCAACCAGUCAAAUACGAUGGCUACAGGGCCUUGACAAAAGGCCAAUAUGAAAUUAGUGUCACCGCGAGGAAAAUAUACAACUCCGAGGACUCACAUUACAAAAUAGAUUUUGUUUUCUGCAACUUGUUUUUCUUGAGAAAAUCUUGGGGAAUUGGUCGCUUCUUAGUCAAUCCUCUUAGGGGAGGAGAAGUUCUAAGACUUCCAAUGAGUGACAUUACAAAGUAUGGCAAGUAUUUCAAUGUGACCCGGGAUUGGUAUGGUAUGGGAUUUGAUGAUCUAACAAAUACAUACAAGAUUGUUCGUGUCUCCAGAGUUUUUAACGGUAGCUAUACAGAGAACUGUCUUGUAACCCAGGUUCUUGUAUUAGGCGAAAGCUCAUGGAGAGAGAUACUUUCGGUUCCCCCAGGUGACUUAAAUGCUAAUGAGCGUUCAUACAUUAUGAAGAAUGUAUGUGCCAAUGGAGACAUGCAUUGGUUAAUUACUGGCAAUUUCACAAUGAAAGGAAGUGAAGGAACAUGCCACAUAAUUUCUUUCGACUUCAAGAGAGAAGAGUUCUGUUGGACUCCUCAUCCCAUAUUACAAAGCUCGAAGGUGAGCUCGGACUUGUACUUCAACUUGCACUUGCUUACCCUGAGAGGAUCUAUGGCCUUGGUGUAUCAGUCUGCAUCACAAGGUGGGACAUUAAUGGAUAUUGAGAUAUGGGUGUUAAAAAAUUAUGAUAAAAAAGAGUGGACACGAGAUUACAACAUAAAUAACAAACCUUUUGAUGGAUCUUGCCAUGAGUGGGAGCACGGCAUAUUUUUCAAAGCAUCUACUUAUACAGUCUUUUUGGAUCUCAAUUGUUUUUCCGUGAAUUACAUAACAUAUGAGUACGGAGAGUAUCCUACCAUCUUGAGUUACACUAGGAGCUUGGUUUCCUUAAAAGAAUAUGGGAAUUUGGUUGAAGGUGAACCAUCAGAUUAUGGAAGCCUGGAAAGUUAUGGCAAAUUGAUUGAAAGAGAAGAACAAGGCUUUAGUUUAUCUGAGAGGCACGUGCUUAGAUACACUUCAUCAGGAGGUUGCUGA